AUGAACGCUUGGCUCGCCGACGCCUCGAAUAUUCCUGGCCAGGAUAAUGGCGCCUUCAAUCCUUCUACCAUCGACCCCUCAGCCGCCUUUCUCCAUGCCUCUCCAAACCCUCAGGACCCCAAUCAGUUCCAGCGCAUGUUCAAUGGCGUGCCACGGAAUGCCUCCCCGGGUUUCCACAACCCUAACCAGGUAAUUCCAUCCAAGCGACCACGGCCAGAAGAUGGGAUGCCCAUGUCGCCGCGCCCUGCCCCGGGUGCCGGUGUCACUGGGUCGCGAUCGCAGACUCCCCAUCAAGUACCAUUCCCGGGCUAUCAAGGUGCUGCAAAUGGAGCCCAGUUCACCCAACACCCGACCCCCUAUCAACACCUCCAACAAGGCGCUUCGCCCAAUGUGGCCCAAUCUCCAAUCAUCCAAGAUUUUGACCAGCAAAGUGUGCGUAUGGGAACCGCCUCGCCAAGCCCAUAUUCUCCUGCCGGCCCACAUGUAGGUGGACCACAUAUGUCUCCCUCGCAGUCGGAUGGCAGCCGUGUGAACACCCCGCAAAAUGGCCAGUUCAUGCCCGGACAAGCAUUCCCUCAGGCCAUGAACGCACAAUUUCAGCAGGGACCUGGAAUGACCUCGGGGUCUCAGCAGCCGCCGAUGCAGGCGCAACAGUUCAACGGGAUGGCACAGAUGCCCCAGAGUUAUCACCAAGCAAUUGCGGCUCAGCAACAGCGGCUUCGCCAGAUGCAAAUGCAACAGAGCCAACAAAUGAAUGCCAACUCUCAGAUGGCCGGUCGCCCCCAAAUGCCGAGUGGGAUGAACCCUAUGGCAAAUCCUCAGCAAAUGGCUGCUAUUCGCCAGAUGCAGCAACAACAGCAGCAGCAACAGCAACACCAGCAAGGCAUGCCAAAGCCCAACAACCCGGAGAUGUUCAUGCGAACGUUACAAAAAUUCAUGAUGUCACGAAACCUACCUUUGGACCCUAAUCCGAUUAUCAGCGGUCGGCCUAUCAAUGUCAUGCAGUUGUAUGGAACUGUGAUGAAAAUGGGUGGCUCGAAAAAAGUAACUGCGAUGAAUCUGUGGCCGAUGGUUGCACAGCAGCUCCAAUUCCCCCAAGUCCAGUUCCCCAUGGCCGCACAGGAGGUUCGGGAAUACCACCAAAGGAACCUGGCUCCUUAUGAGCAGGCAUAUUUCCAAUCUCAGUCCAAACAGUUUGCCGAGAUGCAGCAGCAACAGCAGCAGCAGCAGCAGCAGCAACAACAACAACAGCAGCAGCAGCAGCAGCAGCAGCACCACCACCAGCAGCAGCAGCAACAGCAACAACAUCUUCAACAAUCUCAGCAACAACAACAUCCAGUUGGGAUUCCCCGCCAGCCUAGCGAUCCGUCAGCGAUGCAAUUCCAGUCUCCCCAAGUAAAACCGGGCCAGGGCUUUGAGCAACCCCAACCACCAAUUCCUCACACCCCUCAGCACAGCACUCCGGUCUCCAAUAAUGCUCAAGCUACCCCAGUCAAUGGGUUCGCCACACCCACUCAGGCCCGAAGCCAAAGCAAGCCACCUCAACCGGGUCACCGACUUAGUGUCUCGCGACAGUCACAGCCACCAGCUCCUACGCCAGAAGCUGGGGGGCAGUUCGUUGCACCGUCGCCCGCUCAGCAAGGGAAGUCUUCUAUGACUCCAGUCCAGCAACCAGUGCAAGCACCGGAGCCCAAGCAAGACCAAGUAGUCAAGCGGCCAAUUGAAGACCCCUUCAAGCCCAUGGUCAUCACCGAGCAACGACUUCAUGGACCUAUUCAAGUGGACGAAAUGUACCAGAUUGGCGAAGAGAUUUCACAACUCAGGCCCACUGUACCAAGUUUCGCCGAGUUAGGCUUGGUAGAUAUCCAUGCAGUGACCAUGAGCUUGAAGUCUGGUAUUCAUGCUGAAGUUCGUCUUGCAUUGGACACACUCACCACUCUUUCCUGUCAGCAGGGCUUCCAGGUUUCGCUCGAGAAUACCGAGGACUUGGUAGAGAGUUUGGUGGAUUGUGUUGAUGAUCAGGUGGACUUGUUGUCUGAGCACACUCAAGAAGUCUCCGAUGUGAUAUCCCUGCGUUCAUAUGAAGAGGUUACCCGGGGCUGUCAGUCCGAACACACAUCGCUUGCAGAUGCGCCCGAGUUCGGAAGCCUCGACUAUGAGCUGGACCGUGCCGUGGAUCGUUUGAUUUGUAUAACCACCAUACUCCGGAACUUGUCAUUUAGCGAGUCCAAUUUUGGGCCGUUGGGAGUGCCGUGUAUCACUCAGUCCUAUGCGAACAUCUUCCGGAACAUCGCAACUUGGCACAUGUCAUGCAAAUACCUGGGGAAAGAGGAGGCUCUUAGUCUACUGCACUUCCUCCUGGCAUUCUCGCCUUUGCCAGGCCCCACAACUGUGAAGUCGGGCCAGAUUAUGUUUUCGGCGUUUAAUCCUUCUAUUCACCGAUACACUCCCGCUGCCGUGGAUGGUCUUGCUAAGUUGUUGGCAAGAGAUGACCCGAACCGUAUCUACUUUGGUGCCAUCUUUUCCGGGGACGGUUCUGCACCUCCGCAACCCGAGCUUCUCACUCGCACAUUCGGCCUCGCAAUCUGCGCGGUUCCGGACAAGAAGCCUCUGGCAGUUGCAGAUGCCCGCAUGGUCUUCCUCAUGCAGGGUCUUCUGGCAGCUGAUGUUCUGACCACUUUCGCUGAUGGUGCUCUGGCUAAGUUCUGGCUGGGUUCUGUCGACGGUUUUGCUAUUCACCUAUUACGCAUUUCCUGUCUGCUGUGCACAGAGCGCCUCCCAAAUAUUAACCCGCGCCAAAGUCGGCAGGCCGAGGCUGAAGCAUAUGCUUAUGGCUCAAUCAUCCACCGCGGACUCGCCAUCCUGCGCCGGCUUGCCGAAAAGUCCAAGCAAGUGGCCAAUGCCUCCGCCCUCCAUCUCCCCUCCGGUAUCCUCCCCAGCAAAGAGAGCUUGCUUGGUGCCAUGCUUCUCGCGAACAUGGACCCUACUAUCGUCCGUCAACUCCUCACAUAUGCCAAUCUAGCAGAGUAA